CAGCGUGCAGCUGCAGUCCAACGUCAAAGUUCCGCGCUGGGGGCUCUGCUGUAAUUGUAGGUCGGAGAGCUUCCAUCCAAACCAGCUACAUACCCAAAACAACACCACCCACCCGAACAAACCCACCAUCAUUUGAGGACCAGUACUUCUUCAUCUUCUUCUUCCUCUUCCAUUCCCUGCCUCACGCGCACCUUUCCCCGCUCAUCCCAGCAUUAUUCAAGCAGCACACUCCACCAUGUCUAGCGCACAGGAUAUGGAGGGCGUCACACAUCGCGAGCCCCAGGACAAGAAGCAGGGCGGCAGCGGUGACGGCGACAAGGAGCAGGACCAGAACAAGAAGCCCAACAACGAUGGUGAUGCCGAGAUGGACGACGCCGAGGACGACGAUGAUAUCCUAGAUGAGGAGGUCCUCAGUCUCAGCACCCAGGACCUGCAAACACGGAAACGACUUCUCGAGAACGACGCCCGCAUCAUGAAGAGCGAGUAUCAACGGCUGUCGCACGAGAAGGCAACCAUGGCCGAGAAGAUCAAGGAGAACAUGGAGAAGAUUGCAAACAACAGACAAUUACCCUACCUGGUCGGUAACGUGGUUGAGCUUCUGGAUCUUGACCCCACCGCCGAGUCCUCAGAAGAAGGCGCCAACAUCGAUCUCGAUGCGACUAGAGUCGGCAAGUCCGCAGUCAUCAAGACCUCCACGCGGCAAACCAUCUUCCUCCCCCUCAUCGGCCUCGUCGACCCAGAGAACCUGAAGCCCGGCGACCUGAUUGGUGUAAACAAGGACUCAUACCUCAUCCUCGACACCUUACCUGCUGAGUACGACAGCAGGGUCAAGGCUAUGGAGGUCGAUGAGAAGCCCACCGAGAAGUACAGUGAUGUGGGUGGUCUCGACAAGCAAAUAGAGGAGCUAGUAGAGGCCAUUGUCUGGCCCAUGAAGGAGGCUGAACGCUUCAAGAAGAUCGGCAUCAAGGCCCCCAAGGGUGCGCUGAUGUACGGCCCUCCCGGAACCGGAAAGACUCUCCUCGCUCGAGCCUGCGCCGCUCAAACCGAUGCCACAUUCCUGAAGCUCGCCGGUCCUCAACUCGUACAAAUGUUCAUCGGUGAUGGUGCCAAGCUUGUGCGAGACUGCUUCGCCCUCGCCAAGGAGAAGGCACCAGCCAUCAUCUUCAUCGACGAGUUGGAUGCCGUCGGUACGAAACGUUUCGACUCGGAGAAGAGCGGUGACCGUGAAGUGCAGAGAACCAUGUUGGAACUUCUGAAUCAGCUCGACGGUUUUGCAUCCGAUGACAGGAUCAAGGUUCUUGCCGCUACCAACAGAGUCGAUGUGUUGGAUCCCGCUUUGCUUCGGUCAGGACGUCUCGACAGGAAGAUCGAGUUCCCUCUACCCAAUGAGGAGGCUCGUGCACAGAUUCUCAAGAUCCACUCGCGUAAGAUGAAGGUCUCUGAUGGUGUGAACUGGAACGAGUUGGCCCGAAGUACCGAUGAGUUCGGUGGUGCCAUGUUGAAGGCGGUGUGUGUAGAGGCUGGUAUGAUUGCUCUGCGGUUGGGGAAGAACAAAAUCGGCCACGAGCACUACGUGGACGCCAUCACCGAAGUCCAGGCCAAGAAGAAGGAUACGGUCAACUUCUAUGCAUAAUUUCAGACACAUCGUGGGCGAAGGCAAGACAUAGAAUUUGUGAUGAUAGACGAAGUGACAAAUGUAAUACUAGCUGGCAUAAGUCACCAACCUGGCUUCUUUAUCAUCAGUACACGCACUUCUCCUAAGCUGCAUUGUGAGCUUGAAUAAAAGCCAUGCUGGAUCGUAAAACAAAC